GAAGAAAUAAAUUUAGAAAAUAAAAAAGUAUAUGUGGGAUGAAUCUUGAUGAGAUUAUGCUAAGCAAAAUAAGCCAGUCACAGAAGGAGAAAUACUGCAUGGUUGCACUUUUAUGCGUAUCUGAAACAGUCAAACUCACAGAAUCAGGGAGUAGCAUGGUGGUUGCCAAGGCUGGGGGGAGAGGAGGCUGGACAGUAGCUAAUCACCAGGCGUAAAGUUUCAGUUAGAUGAGAGGGAUAAGUUCUAGAGACCUGCUGUGCAACAUCGUGCCUGUCGUCAACAAUACCGUAUUGUACACUUAGAACAUAUUGGGGGUAGAUCCCGUGUUGAGUGUUCUUACCAUAAUAAAAUAAAGAAUAUGUGGCCUAGAAAGAGGAGAGGGCAUGGACAGAGGCCUGGUGUGUACCAACAUGUAAGAGACCUACAGGAAGAGAAGUCUUCAGAGGAGGCAGAGAAGGAAUGGAUGGAGAGAUAGAAAGCCAUACAGGAGAGAGUAGCUUAUUAGGAGCCAAGAAGUAAACAAAUGUUCAAUAGAGGCAUCAGCUAAAGAUGACAAGGACAAAAAGGGAUCCCAACCACAUGUUGCAAGGGGCACACAUUCAUUCCCUCCAUGUGGUAAACAAGAGUGUGAAGUUUGCUGAAGAGAGAAUGGGUAAGUUUGCAUGAAGAGCCCGAGGGUCUCAUGGGAGGGAAGAGACACUCCUUCCCCAUCCCCCUGUCCCUAGUAAUCUGCAGGGGUGUAGGAGAGUGGCCGCAACCAAGGUCUUCCUGGAGGUGGGAAGGGCAGGAGGGCCCAGAAGUAAUAGGACGGUGAGGGUAAGGGAGGGGGGCUGUGGAACCAGCCUUGAUGGAGCAACAUGGCUGAUGGGGAUGAGCCUCUGAGUGGUUGAGGUGGCAGAUGCUGGAAACCUGGGAGUUCCUACCCCUUCCCCCGCUGUGGGAAGAGCUGUAAUGUGGGAGCUCUCUCACCUGGCCAGGAGCCCCCUGGCCAGUCCCAAACCCAAAGAGCCGAGGGCAGGCUGUGCUCCAGCGGAGGCAGCCCCAGGACCGGAUGGCUCAGCCACCAACCCCAACCAGCAUCCCAAACUUUCCUCACUGAGGCUCCGGGGUGGGACUCCCGUGAGCUGGGGCUUACAGGCAGGCAGGGGAGGGCAGGACUUGCCUCUCAGGUGACAAGCAGGCACCAGGAAUUCUGGGACAGAGAAGGGCAAAGCUAGCUGGGAGAGAGAGACUAGAGCCCUACAAAUCUCCCGUGGAGGUGCUUGGGCACUGCACCUGGGGACACCCCCACAGAACUGUUUUCUGAACCCCAAAGCAAAGUCAGGACGCUGGAAACAGGGAGUCAUGGCUGCCACGGGCCAGUAAAGAAGUGGGGUGGAAGCCAGAUCUGAGCAGGACGAGGAGUCAGUGAGGAUGCGAAGACAGCCGACGGAAUCCAUCUUUUCAUGGAGACAAAUCCUUGACUGUAGAAGAAAGGAAAGCUAUGGGGGCUUGGGUUAGAAGGAUAUGCAGGAUGGGGGGACAUGUGAGUGUUCACAGGAAGACCUGAGACUCUUUCCUGGAGGUGGACAGCUGCAGGGAGAGGCUGGAGGGGGGAAGAGAUCAAGGUCCCUGAGCUGGUUGGGGGGUGACACCCAGAGCCCAGCCAGAGGGGAGGGGCCGGGAGGAAAGGGACCUGGAAACAGCCACCUCGCAGCAGGUCUUCAUGACCUCACAAAGCCGGCACGCUCACUCCCAGGGUUCCAGGAACUCUGAGUCAGUCCUGGCCAGGUCUCCUGGAGCUGGAUGCAGGGGCCAUGGCACUCCUCACACCCCAGGGAUUGAAAAAAGUCUUCCAAUGCCAGAAACCAGAAGGUCGGGAGCACCUCCGGAGACUGCUGCACUGGGAACAGUUUGACGAGCUGAGAGAUGCCCGCAGGAGCAUCCUGCUGGAUAUCCUCUACGAGAGCAUCAUCUUUGCCGUGGGCAAAGGCUUCCCGUGGGUGGAGGUGGCCAAGGUGGUCAAGUUCGCAGAAGAGCUGCUCAGGGAAACCAAAGGCUCCUCCAUCACUGAGGCUGUGACAAUUUUGGGAAACAAGCUCAGAGAUUACCAGGGACAGUUCAACACCAUGCACCUGGUGGACCUCUGCGACUACUUCCACAACACCUUCAUCUACCACUACAGACUCUACCAGUAUGUCCUGGGCCAGGACCAGGAAGUCAACCUGACCGUCACCCACCUGGUGGUGUGUGUGCCGCCCCAGCCCCUCCCGCUGGCUGAGGGCGUGGACAGGGAAACCUGGAAGCACGAGCAGCAGGUGGGCGAGCUCAGUCUGGCUGAGGCACAGAAGCACACCAACGUGCUGCUCCUGAAGGAGGCACUGCACCUGGAGCAGGAGCACCUGCUAGAGAGCAUGUUUUCAGAGAGGUCCUGGCAGCGGAGCCGGGUUCUGAAGAGAGAGGAGUUAGAAAAUCUCAUCAACGAGGCCAUUCGCAUCCAGAUGGAGCAUCUGAAGGAGCUGCUGCAGUAUGAGAUCCAGACGACUUUUGAUAUUUUGGACCUGAGACUUCAGAAGAAGACUUUAAAUCUCAACGCCCCUAUCCCUUUCCCCCUCUCAGUCACUGCUCAGCCAGGGCCAGAGGGGUCUCCUCAGUUCUCCAAACCAAACCAAGAGAAGAAGGCGAAAGCAAAGAAGGAGAAGGCCCUGGGGCUGUGACUGAGGAAGAGCCAUUGACAACCAGGAAAGCCUCCUGCCAUGCGCUCAGCACCAAGAGAUCAGAGAUUUCUUACAAUUAAAAGAAGCAUAACAACACC